AUGCGUUGGGGAGGUCAUCUUGAUCCUGCUUGUGUUCUUUGUGAUGGUAUGGAUGAAACUAGGGACCAUUUAUUUGCUGAGUGUCUUUUCUCUAGGGGUGUUUGGGGUAUGGUUAUGCAGGCCUGCCAGGAGCGUGGUAGGAGAAAGUCUUUGAGGGCUACUGUUGUUCGGGUGGCUUGGUGUAGCUACCUUUACUACAUUUGGCAGGAGAGAAAUGGUAGGAUCCAUGGGGCGCUCCCUAGGCAUAAGGAGGGUGUGACUUUGUUGAUUAGACGAGCUGUGGCUUCGAGGCUAAAGGGGUGUGUUAAGGUUGUUUCUUCUUCUUUAGCUUUUGCUGCUGAUUGGGAUUUGGUUUAG